CGCGAUUUGGUCUAGGUAAGGGGCAUCUUUUUUUAUUGGGGAAUAUUCACCAAUGGAUUAGAAGAGAUUAUUGGCUUUUAUUGGGGCAGCUAUAGAUCCGCCCCUCUCUGAUUUCGUCACCGACUACUCACCCACCCCAGCCGCGUCGCCGCACCGGCAGACGUCGUAGCAGUGGGUCCAUCCGCCUCGCCGCCGUCGCCGGCCCUUUUUCUGCUUCCGUCGCAGCUCGACCAAGAGCCCAGUGAGCUUCCGCCAUUAAUAGCUGUUCCAGAGCUUAGCCCACGACGCAAGCAGCAACAACAUCGAAGGGUUCAUCCGGCUGAAACUCAGCACGGCCGUUCGUCUCCAGCUGCCAACCGGUGGUCACUCCGACUCGAAAGAUUUCCUAGCGGGGAUAUCCUUGGUUUCCGCCAUUAAUGGUGGUUUGGAGCUCAGGAAAAGUACAUUCGAAGCUCAGCAGAUCUCUCACCGAAACCAGACCCUGUGGCAAUCCUUGCUCCGCUGCAAAUGUUCGUACCUCCGUCGGUAAGUAGCCGGCGCAUGCAGUUUGGCCUUGGUCAGUGAGCCGGUGUUUUAUCUGACUCUCCAAGAGAUACUCCAUAUCCGAUUCUUUGGUUCUGAGAUGAGGCCAUCAAUCCUCUUAUUUGGGCAGUCAACCAGCUUUCCAUGUUCUUGUCUCCAAGAGCUAAGUACCCAUACUUCUAAAUUGGUACAAUUAAAUUAUUGCUAUUAUUUGUUGUCCCCAUUAUUUAUUGGGAAAAUAAUAAUUAAAACACCCAAAUCUUUGAAGGUGUGUGAAUUAAACACCCAAACUUGCAUAUGUAAUAUAGGUACUCCAAACUUUAUAUAAAAAAUUAUUUUAGCAUCAUAGUCAAAUAUUAUCUUUUUCAAAAAUAUAAAUUUAUGGUGUUAAUUGCAUAUUUUAAAAUGUUUUAGCGUUCAUGAAGACACAAUUAACAUUUUUAACUUCCAUUGUAAAAUAAACAAUAUUAUCCUCAAUCUAUAUAGGUACAAUGCUUUUAAUUCUCUAUUUUAAAUUAUGCAAUUAACAACAUAAAUUUACAUUUUUGAAAAAAACAAUACAUGACCAUGGUGCUUAAAUAACGUUUUUAUGAAGUUUGAGGUAUUUCAAUUACAUAUGCAAGUUUGGAGUGUUUAUCUCACACCCAUUCAAAGUUUGAGCUAUUUUAAUUAUUUCCCCCUUAUUUAUUAGGUGUUAAAAUGUACCGAAUUACAUAAUGUCGAGCCAAACUCAAGUGAUAGACCCACCGUCAUUUUAAUUAAAUGACUGAAUUUUGUGGGCCCAUCGGCCCACUCCCGUUUGACUUUAGUAAGUGAUCGGAGCGUCUCCGAAGGGCAUUUUCCCGGUGACAUAUUUUAAAUUAGGGGUUGCACACGAUCCCGCACGGCACCAAGUGCUCGGUUGACGAUCGAACCCUAGUACCGUCUAUGCCGCUAGGCGCGAAGUGACCAAUCACGGCCUGUGGCGCCCGGGAAAGCACCAAUGCGCUCAACCAAAUCUUUCCGAGGAUAACGUGCUCUACGUGAGGCUGAGUUUCAAUUUCACAAAUCGACGGUUAUUUCUACGUGACAUCCGACAACCCACCAGGUGGCCCUGCCGUGGACAAUUAUGUCCAGAAGCCCCGAGUGAUGAGUUGUUGGAGGAGCCAUGUCACUGGUAAAAAGAUCUUGGAAGCAGAAGCAACAGAGCAAGAACAUCUUUGAUUGUAUGAUGCACAGGACUAAGAAGCCUUCUAUUGGACUUGAGAAGAAGAUGAAGGUUGUUAGCAGGGGGAAAAGGUGGAAUGAGAUGCCACAUGAUAUUCUGGUAAUCUGGUUGACAUAAUGAAGUGCAUAGGUUAUUUUCAGAAGACUUACAUCAUAAAGCAUAUGUGCAAGUCAUGGCUAUCUGCUCUGUUAGACUCUGUUUUCCCACCGGGAGAUGUGCUUGACCUGCCCAUUUUUGAUAAGAUGGUGCUCAAACAACGCAAAUAGUGUAUGAGAACUACCUCUGGAUGGCGGUCAAACAACGCAAAUACACCAAAGUUUUCCCCCUCAACGCCCCUUCAGGCGAGAGCUCUAUGAGGGGAUAGCUAAAAGACUGCCUGAAUUGGAAUGUGUAGUUGUCCACAGACAUUUUCCUGUUGGUUUAUUGGAAUUGAUGACAGGUAUGUUUCGUUAUUGGCCAAAGCUGACAGAAGCACACUUUCAUGUUAUUUUCGUGAGAAAGAUUGUCCAUUGCAAAGAGAUCAGAAAACUUCAACUAUAUGGAUGGAUAAGAGACAACAGAGCAGAUAUGAUUUCCAACAAGCUCCCUCUACUGGAGCAUCUAGAUAUUCAAUCAUGUGCGUUGUCUUCUAGAGCUCUCACUAUAAUACUGGAUGGCCAAAAAGAGCUUAAGCGCCUUGACACUCGUCAUGCUGCCCGCUUUGAUGAUAAGUUCCUGAGUGUGUUUGGAGGCAAUCCCUUUGGAAAAGCCAUUGAUUGGAAUGAGGAGGAGAUCUUUCCUAAGGUUGCUCAUAUCAAGACAUAUUUGGAGUGGCAGAGGAAAUGUUGCCCUGUCUGAGCCAACUUCUAUGAUGCUUCUGUUUCUAAGUUUGGAUUGCGUGCUUGGUUGUUCUAUGAUUUAUCUAAUCACCCCCAUGAGCGACGGUGGUGUAUAUCUAAGUAUUGUGUUGCUAAACGUUAUCCAUACACAGCACCGACUGUGUCGAGCAUUGUUCAUGAGUUUAGAUCAAUUUUACCAAGGGACUUUAGACCUGUACAGGAUGACUCGCAUUUAUUUUCCCAUGUAUGAUCGAUCUAUCAUGAUUGAUGUCGUGCUUAUAGAUCAUCAUCCUUAUUGUAUCAAUACAGGGGCAUGACAUGUAGGGGAUUUUGAUUUUCUUACGCCAUCCAACCCUGGCAAGGCAAACAUCAUUGUGGGUGGGUGCAAAACAAUCGGUAUUGUAACUUUCAACUUAUUCAGUAGGAUAAAUUACAUCCUCUAUGUAGGGCAGUAGGGCUGUAGGGGUGAGCCUUUGUUUGUCACUUACUCCGUAUUAUUUAAGUGUUGUAUGGUUAGUUGGAAUUUUAUCGAUCUAG